AUGGCCGACCAAACCCCUGACAACUGGGAGGAGGACCUCUCCAGACAGACCGAUGGCAUGAAUCUGAACAACCGCAAUGCUGGCUUUCAAGCCCAGGCGCCCACGUUCACCCCCGGAGCCGCAUCGUUCACUCCCGGUGCGGCGUCGUUUGUUCCUGGUCAAUCAUACCAGCAGUACGGAUAUCCUCAAUACCAGCAAUAUGGCCAAGGCCAAGGUUAUUACCCGUCUUACGACCAGCAACAAGGCUAUAAUCAGUACGGUGGCUAUGGACAACAACAGCAACCCGGAAACUAUAAUCAGAUCUAUAAUAACCAGUAUGGAGGCGGUGGCUACAACCAAUAUUCCCAACAGCAGCAGAGGCCUCCGCAGACGCUACCCCGUCAGGCCCCAAAGGCUCCAGCAGCCGAGCAGACCGCCGCCCCAGCUGCGUCAGCGCCCAAAGCAGCACCUCCGAAGGCCAAGGUCCUUUCCAUCGGCGGUGAUCUAGGUGGUAAUGUUCCAAAAACCAAGGUGCUCUCUAUCGGUACCCCGGCCACUGCCAAGCCUGCAAAAGAAGCAUCUGCUACGCCUGGGGAUAGCAAAGGCGCCGCCGCAGCGACAGCUGCUAACAAAGUGACCGCCUCCAAGGCGAUCGAGAAAACAGAGAAAAAGGCAGAGGCCAAGGCUGUCAGCAGUGGCAAGGCCUCGCCGUCUCCAUCCUCCGGUCGCAACAGCCCAGGAAGGAAUAGCCCUUCCCGCGGUGAGAGCGCCAAAGCCAUUCGCGAUGCCGAUGCGGUUACUCGUGAACAGAAAGCCGACGUUGACGAAGCCACGCUAAAGGAAAUCUACGGUGAGAAGCGCGAACACGUCAACCUCGUUUUCAUCGGUCACGUCGAUGCCGGAAAGUCGACACUUGGAGGAUCUAUCUUGUAUGCUACAGGCAUGGUCGAUGAACGUACGAUGGAGAAAUACAAGCGAGAUGCCAAGGAAGCCGGUCGUGAGACAUGGUAUCUGUCAUGGGCCUUGGAUUUGACCAACGAAGAGCGUGCUAAGGGAAAGACUGUCGAAGUUGGGCGAGCUUUCUUCAAAACCACCUAUGAAGGCCCCGAUGGUACCGUAGAACGUCACUUUACCAUCCUCGAUGCCCCUGGCCACAAGUCCUUUGUUCCACACAUGAUCGGAGGAGCAUCACAAGCAGAUGUUGGUGUUCUUGUCAUUUCUGCGCGUAAAGGAGAGUAUGAGACUGGCUUUGAAAAGGGUGGUCAGACUCGAGAACACGCACUUUUAGCCAGAAACACUGGUGUGAAGAAGAUUAUUAUUGCUGUCAAUAAGAUGGACGAUCCUACUGUGGAGUGGAGCAAGGCUCGAUUUGACGAAUGUACUAUCAAGGUGGGCAAGUUUAUGGAAAACUUGGGCUACAAAAAGCAAGAUCUACACUUCAUGCCAAUCUCGGCGCAACGCACCCUCGGUAUCAAGGAUCGUAUUCCCAAAGAUGUCUGCCCAUGGUACGACGGCCCUUCGCUGCUCGAAUUCCUGACGGAUAUGAAGAUGCCCGAGCGCAAGAUCAACGCUCCUUUCAUGAUGCCGAUCAGCUCCAAGUACCGUGAUAUGGGAACCAUGGUGGAAGGCCGUAUUGAGUCUGGAGUGAUGAAGAAGAGUAACAAUUACCUCAUGAUGCCCAACCGGGAGGAAGUGGGGAUUGCUGCUCUUUACGGUGAAACGGAAGAUGAGAUUCCUACUGCCACGUGCGGUGACCAAGUCCGACUUCGUUUGCGCGGUAUAGAAGAAGAAGAUAUCCUUCCCGGAUUUGUUCUCUGUUCACCAAAGCGACCCGUACACUGCGUUUCUGCAUUUGAAGCCAAGAUUCGAAUUUUAGAGCUCAAGAGCAUUCUUUCUGCUGGUUAUAACUGUGUUUUGCAUGUUCACUCUGCCAUUGAAGAAGUCACGGUUGCUGCCUUGCUGCAUAAGCUGGAGCCUGGUACAGGUCGUAAGAGUAAACGCCCACCCGCUUUUGCCAGCAGAGGCCAAACCAUCAUUGCACGGUUGGAAGUCACCGGCUCCGCUGGAGCGGUGUGCGUGGAAAAGUACGAAGAUUAUGAUCAACUGGGUCGAUUCACGCUGCGUGACCAAGGACAAACUAUUGCAAUUGGUAUGAUCACCAAAUUGAUCCUUGAUGAAAAUAACGCCUAG